CAGUGUGCGCUGCAGCCUCGUGUGCGCCUGCGUGUCCCAGAUCCGCGCGCCAUGGCCCUGCUGCAACCUUCCCGGCUCCUGGGCACCGCGACCUCGCGCCGCGCCUGCCUCGGCCCUGCCGUCGCCAGAGCCAGCUCCUGGUGGUCUCAUGUGGAGAUGGGACCCCCUGAUCCUAUUUUGGGAGUGACAGAAGCUUUCAAGCGUGACACCAAUGCUAAGAAGAUGAACCUGGGUGUUGGGGCCUACCGGGAUGAUAAUGGGAAGCCCUACGUCUUGAACUGCGUCCGCAAGGCAGAGGCCCAGAUCGCUGCUAAGAAGAUGGACAAAGAAUACUUGCCGAUUGCAGGGUUGGCAGAGUUCAAUAAAGCAUCAGCAGAGCUGGCACUGGGUGAAACCAGUGAGGUUAUCAAGAAUGGCCGGUAUGUCACUGUGCAGAGUAUUUCUGGGACUGGGUCUCUGAGAAUUGGAGCCAAUUUCCUGCAACGAUUCUUCAAGUCUAGCCGUGACAUGUACCUGCCUAAACCAUCCUGGGGCAACCACACCCCCAUUUUCAGAGAUGCAGGCUUGCAGCUGCAGGCCUAUCGCUACUAUGAUCCCAAGACCUGCGGCUUUGACUUCUCUGGAGCCUUGGAUGAUAUUUCUAAAAUUCCUGAGAAGAGCAUCAUCCUCUUUCAUGCCUGUGCUCACAACCCCACGGGUGUGGACCCAAGACCAGAGCAAUGGAAAGAGCUGGCCUCUGUGGUAAAGAAAAGGAAUCUCUUUGUGUUCUUCGACAUGGCAUACCAGGGCUUCGCCAGUGGGGACAUCAACAGGGACGCCUGGGCUGUGCGUCACUUCAUUGAGCAAGGCAUUAACAUUGUGCUGUCCCAGUCCUAUGCCAAGAACAUGGGCCUAUAUGGGGAACGUGUGGGUGCUUUCACCGUCAUCUGCAGUGAUGCAGAGGAAGCCAAGAGGGUGGAGUCCCAGCUGAAGAUCCUGAUCCGUCCCAUGUACUCGAACCCACCCAUCAAUGGAGCCCGGAUUGCCUCCACCAUCCUGAACAGCCCUGACCUGCGGCAAGAAUGGCUGGGAGAGGUGAAGGGGAUGGCUGACCGGAUCAUUGGCAUGCGCACCCAGCUGGUGUCCAACCUCAAGAAAGAGGGCUCCUCCUACAACUGGCAGCACAUCACUGACCAGAUUGGCAUGUUCUGCUUCACAGGGCUGAAACCCGAGCAGGUAGAGCGACUGACUAAGGAGUUCUCCAUCUACAUGACUAAAGACGGCCGCAUCUCCGUGGCAGGGGUCACAUCGGGCAAUGUGGGUUACUUGGCUCAUGCUAUCUACCAAGUCACCAAGUAAAUGCAGCAGAGCAGCUGGCCUGCCCCUCAGCAGUCCCUGGCCUCUGAUUCCAGAGGAUGGAGAAAGUGAAGGGCGUUUAGGGGGGGCAAGCAGAUGGCUUUCAACCACAGCACUUAACUCAGUCAUUGAAUGUAUCUUGUAGACAAGGCAGUGGCUAGAGGCUUUGCCACGGGUAACCAAAGCCACUUGCACUCCUCAGGCUGGCUUCCUCUCUUCCCUUCAAAAGCAUCCUAUUGUGAAUUGCCUCCUGACCCUACGUGGAAGUUUUUCAGACUUGAAGUCAGCAUCCUGGCAGGAUUUCUUCAAACAUUUACAUCAUUAGUGUUUGAGUAGCACAAGCACUGAGUGCUCACUCCCUCACCUGAGAGUGUUUUUUAAAACAGUUACUCGCUUAAAACGAGCUAGAGCAGGAGUCAGGCCCCUUCCUCCCCAACUCUGCUCUUUGUGCUGACACAAGUCUAUACAGUUGUAGUUUUGUGGGGGUUUUUCUGAUCAGCUCCUCAGGACAUUCUGGUGUCUAAAUCUGAUGGUACCGCUUCUCCAUUCUUGUUUGCUUCAUUGCUGCCCUUCCUACCACUUUCCGCAAAUGUCCCUGAAAUUGAGGUUCUGCUCUGAAAAGGGCUGGUCACUAGAGAAAUCUUUGAUCAAUGAAUGUAGAACCCUCGUGAUCUCUCUCUCUCGCUCAAAUUUGAAGCCAGACUUGCUUGUUUAAUCCUGAGACAUGACAACUAAUACUGUUGAACUCUGUCUUCCUAGUGUUUAUCUGAAGCUGAGUGUUAAUGGUUGAGCCCCUCUCCUUUCUCUGUCAAGAUACUGUAACUUGAAGAUCCCUUUUCAGUGAAACAUUACAGUAUGUGCAAUUUUUUAUAAUUGAGUUCUGGUUCUAUCGUCCCUCAUUACACAGGUAAAGACAGCAGUGUCAGCUGUGUGUCCAGACAUCCCAGAAACUGUUUUGAUCUUGUGACUGCCUGUGCCUGUGGAUUUGAGCCACAGCUGCCUGUCUAAAAUUCUCACCCACUAAACAAGUAACUGGACCUGUUUGAAAGGAGAGAGCUUUAAGGCCCAGCAGUUCCUUAUGACUGGGAACUGUUUCCAUUGAGGGGGAGCAGGGGCAGGAUGGAGAUCUUCACUGCAGAAGGCAAAGUGAUAAGCAUGUGCCUGAUGCUGCUGCCUCUUCAUAAGUAUUCUCUUCUCCUUCCCUCAAGUCAAAGGGACUUUUGCUGCCACCUUUUCCUUUUUUUGCCUCUUACACAGCAUUUUAAUCGCAGGCAGUUUUGGAUUCUGAAAUUCCUGUUGCUAGCAAACUUCCCUGAAGAUCUACUAGCCUGUCUGCCCUCAACUGCCACCAUGAUCUGGAGAAAAGCAGUAACAGCUCAUGAGGUAAAGACUGAUUUCCUGUUUCUCAGGUUAGGAGAAAUUGAUUGCACUUUAAUUGCAGACUUCAUGCAUAUGGCAUGGCCUUUUCCUUCUGCCCUGGAACUCCUGAAGCUGCCCACCCAAAGCCCCUGAUUGUGCAAUAAUAGCUGUUGGUGCUAGUCUGUCAUGUGGUUGGGGAUUGCUGUUUUUUGUGCUGUGGUUUGAAGCUUCUGUCUCCAGACUCUGACCUUCACCCGUUAUGGAGAGCCCUCUGCUGUUGUGUAAUUGUUUAGGCCUUUAUGCAGCCUGUCCUCUGUUACAAUAAAUCUAGAAAUGGAGCGCA